AUGGGAAUCUUAAGCUACAAGACUUUGCUCACGGCAGCAACCUGCCUCACCUCGGCUUUGGCCUUGACCAUCAGCGAGGACACCAUCGAGAACUCGCCUGCCAACUUGGACAUUGGCGAGCUCAGAAUCAACGAGGGCGUCUACUACUCCAUCGUCAACAACGCCCUCACCGUGCUCGGCGGCAACUUGAACAACAAGGGCCAGUGGUUUGUCACCUCCACCAACGGAUUGGCGUCCUCGGUGACCAUCGCCUCUGGAACCAUCUUGAACGACGGCGACAUCGUCUUCAACGCCUUGGAGGCGCAGGUGGUGACCAACUUCAACUUGGACUCCGUGGGAACCUUCGACAACACCCAGAACAUCUGGAUCGGCACCCCAGUGUUCUCCGUCACUCCUCCCAUCAUCCUCGGCUCCGCUUUGGACUGGUCCAACUCGGGCAAAAUCUACCUUCGUCAGGACAGAGGCAACGCCUCGCCCAUCACUAUCUCGCAGGCUUUGGGCCUGGUUGAAAACACGGGAACCAUCUGUAUCGAGCGCUUGGACUGGGUCCAGACCACCAGCAUCGAGGGUAACGGAUGUAUCAACGUCAUGGACGACGGCCACCUCCAGCUUGAAAUCACGCCUUGGAACGUCGACAACGACCAGACCAUCUACCUUUCGUCCGAGCUGUCCAUGUUGUCUGUGCUUGGCUUGGAGCCGUCGCUCACCGGAACCAAGACCUACACCGUUGCUGGUUUUGGCGGCGGCAACGAGAUCAGAGUCAACACUGGCUUCACCGGCUACUCGUACCUGGACGACACUUUGGAGCUUUCCUUCUUCCUUGGUGUGUUCAAGAUGGCCUUCAAGAUCGGCGAGGGCUACGACGAGUCCGACUUCUCCACCAACGGUGUGGGAAGCGCUGGAACCCGUAUUUCGUACUCUGGCGACUACCCCGGCGACGUUCCCAGCAACUGCCAGUGUGAAGAGUUCCCUGCUGCUCCUACCGAGGAGGAGUCCUCCAGCCUGGCGCCAUCCUCCAGUUCCGAGAGCUCUGAAAGCAGCUCUGCUCCAUCAAGUUCUGAGGAGACGACUGAGCCAUCCAGCUCUGAGCCAUCCAGCUCUGAGCCAUCCAGCUCUGAGCCUGCUUCGUCUGACCCUGCUUCGUCUGACCCUGCUUCGUCUGAACCUGCUUCUUCUGACCCAGCUUCCUCCCCAGAACCUUCACCUUCACCAUCGCCUUCUCCAUCUCCCUCCAACUCUGAUCCUCCAGCUGAAACCAGCGAGUCUGAAGCUCCUCCUGCCGAAAGCUCCGAAACCCCAGAUGGUCCUACCUUCACCACCUACACCUCGACCUGGCCAACCAGCGACGGAGACCAGACCGACUCCGGUGUGAUUAUCGUUACUACUGACUCUGACGGCGAGUUGACCACUACCACUUCGCUUUUCCCUCCAGAAGAGUCUGAUCCAACUUUCACUACUUACACCUCGACCUGGCCUACCAGCGAUGGUGACCAGACCGACUCUGGCGUCAUCAUUGUCACCACUGACUCUGAUGGAGAAUUGUCUACUACCACUUCUCUCUUCCCUCCAGAAGAGUCUGAUCCAACUUUCACUACUUACACUUCAAGCUGGCCCACUGACGACGGAAACACCGAUUCUGGUGUGAUUAUUGUUACUACUGACUCGGACGGCGAAUUGUCUACUACUACUUCCCUUUUCCCUCCAGAGGAGACUCCUGAGUCGCCAACUUUUACUACUUACACUUCGACCUGGCCUACCAGCGAUGGUGAACAAACCGAUUCUGGUGUGAUUAUUGUUACUACCGACUCUGACGGAGAGUUGACUACUACAACUUCUCUCUUCCCUCCAGAGGAGACUGACGACCCAUUCACCACCUACACUUCAAGCUGGCCCACUGACGAUGGAAAUACUGAUUCUGGUGUGAUUAUCGUUACUACUGACUCUGAUGGAGAAUUGUCCACUACAACUUCGCUUUUCCCUCCAGAAGAGUCUGAUCCAGCCUUCACCACCUACACUUCAUCGUGGCCUACGGACGACGGAAACACUGACUCUGGCGUCAUCAUUGUCACCACCGACUCUGACGGCGAAUUGUCCACCACCACCUCCCUCUUCCCUCCAGAGGAGACUGACGACCCAUUCACCACCUACACCUCCACAUGGCCAACCAGCGAUGGUGAACAGACCGGCUCCGGUGUGGUUAUCGUCACCACCGACUCGGACGGAGAGUUGUCCACCACAACCUCGCUCUUCCCUCCAGCCACCACCAGCACCGUUGUCACCACCUACCCCGACGGAAACGUCAAGACCAAGACUGUUGUUGUGUGUGACUCCACCAAGGACGACGGUGUGGUGACCCAGAUUGUGUCUGUGUGCCCUGAGACCACUGCGCUUGUUACCGAGGACAAGAACGGCGAUGUCAAGACCGUGACUGCUGUGAUUCACGAGACCGCCGUCGAGGGUGGUCCACAGGAGGUGACUUCCAUUGUGCAGCCAGGCGAGCCAAAGGAGACUGAGCAGCCAGGCGAGCCAAAGGAGACUGACAAGUCAUCUGACAAGCCAUCUGGAGAGAAGCCAAAGGAGCCUGAACAGCCUGGUGACAAGCCUUCCGGUGACAAGCCUUCUGACGAACAGCCUUCUGACGAACAGCCUUCCGACGAACAACCUUCUGACGAACAGCCUUCUGGAGAUGCUCCAUCCGGUGACGAACCCUCCGGAGACGCUCCUGCUGAAGAGCCAAACGGAACCUCUGAAACCGUCGCCGGUGAGCCACACCCUGGUGCCUCCACCUUGAACUCUGUGGUUCCCGACGCUUCUGCUGCUCCAGAAGAGCCCCAGGCGGUCUCCACAUACGAGGCUGGCGCUUCUGUGGUGAAGUUUGGCGCCCUGUGGCUCGUGUCGCUUGCCCUUCUUGCUGUGCUUUAG